UAUUCCCUGUGGUACCUCCACGCCAAAUGAAUUAAUUGAACACUUUAGUUAACCCGUUCACUGUUUCUAAAUGUCUUCAGUAGGCAGUUUUAUUGUGAAACAAUGUCGAUUUGCUUCCGGUACUGUGACCGGAUUUGACGAGCGGAGCGAAGCUAACGGGACUUGUGCAAAUUAACGAGAGUCGACAAAUUAAACAGUUUAUUAAAGAUUUAAAGAGUGACAGCGGAGUUUAUCAACACGACAUUUAUAUUAAAACACACCAGCACGUUGAACCCUGACUGUGACUGCAAUGAGCGGUACUUUAUGGAGGCCCGGCACGUUACUUCUGAUGAUAGUAACGUAACGUUACGGCUGGAGACGUUAGAGGAGGAUGAAGUGUCUCACCUCAUCACAGUCUGUCUGUCUGUCUGUCUGUCUGUCUAACUAGCGGACAGUGUUAGUAUGUAAACAAAGCGUUGUUCGUGUUAUGUAACAGUCCAGACCUCCGUGAGCGGUGUCAGUCCUCCACCAUGCCUCUCUCGCUCCUGGAGCGGCUCCCCUGGCCCACUUUACAAACAUACACGGCGCUCAGUGCUGGUCUGCUGGCCGGGACCGUCCUGACCGUAUGCUCCUCUGAGUCCCACCCACAGGAGGAGAUCCGCAGGCAGCCGGUCCACAGCUCCAGGAUCGGCCGCUACAUCAGGGAUGGUGGACAGUAUCUGAGUCCCAUGUAUGGAGAUCAGGCUGCAGAUGUCCUGGUGUACCUGCUGACUGACAGUGUGUUUGUCUGGGUGAUGGUAAACACGGCCUGCUGCAUCUUGCUGCUUAUUGCCAAACUCAUCCAGUGUUUUGUGUUCGGGCCGCUCCGUGUCAGUGAAAAACAGCACUUGAAGGACAAGUUCUGGAAGUUCAUUUUCUACAAGUUCAUCUUUGGGUUCAGCGUCCUGAACGUCCAGAUGGUGGAGGAGGUGGUGAUGUGGUGGCUCUGGUUCUCCGUUCUAGUCUUCCUCCAUCUUCUGGCUCAGCUCUGCAAGGACCGCUUUGAAUAUCUGUCCUUCUCUCCGACCACCCCCCUGUCCAGCCAUGCGCGGGUGCUGCUGCUUUUGGUGGUGCUGCUGCUGUGCUGCGGUGGUCUGGCCACUCUCUGCAGCUGGCUGGUUCACAGUCAAGGCCGCUACACCGCCACAUUUAUGGCUGCUGAGUGUAUGUUGGUGACUCUCAGGACCACACACGUCAUGUUUCGGUACUCUAUCCACCUGUGGGACAUGAACCAGGAGGGCAGCUGGGACAAUAAGUCCUUCUACGUCUACUACACCGACCUGCUGAUGGAGCUGCUGCUACGGGGCCUGGACCUGCUGCAUCACAUGCACAUGCUAGUCUUCAGUAACAUCUGGUUGUCCAUGGCGAGUCUGGUGAUCUUCAUCCAGCUUUGUUUUCUCGUAGAGGAGGUUCAGAAGAGAAUCCGCCGUCACCAUAACUACCUGCGGGUCCUCCGCAACAUUGAGACCCAGUUUUCUGUGGCGUCUGCAGAUGAACUGGCAGCCAACAACGAUGACUGUGCAAUCUGCUGGGAUGUAAUGAAUUCAGCUCGGAGGCUGCCCUGUGGUCACCUCUUUCACAGCCCGUGCUUGUGCUCCUGGCUCGAACAGGACAUGUCAUGUCCGACAUGUCGGAUGUCCCUGAACAUCGGUGAAGGAGGUGAAGGACACGUGGAGAGGGAGGCCACCGUUGACAACAUGGUUGGUGGCCCCGGAGUUGAUGCUGCACUGAACCUCAACCAUCUCAACCACUUCUUACACUUUGGUGGGUCUCGUAUUGCCAGCUGGUUGCCCAGUUUCUCAGUGGAAGUUAUGGCCACAACCAACUUCUUGGGCAUCGUACCAACCAACCCAUCUCAGAUCUACACCAUGGCUCAGCAGAUCCAGGAGAUGUUUCCUCAGGUUCCCCUCCAGCUGAUCCUGCAGGACCUGGAGAUCACUCGAUCCAUCGAGGUCACCACCAUCAACAUCCUGGAGGGACGAAUCCAGCCUGCCACCCCGCCACUGGUCUCUGAUCACCUGCUCGUACAGGUGUCUCCUCCACCUGAGGACGAGGGCGGAGCCAUCAGCGAGUCAGAGGAAGAUGAGGAUGAAGAGACGGAUGAUGAUGAUGAUGAUGAUGAUGAUGAUGAUGAUGAUGAUGAUGAAGAAGAGUGGUGGUGAGAGGUGGUGGAGAAGCACAUUGCCAUGGAGGAGAAGAUGGUUCUGUACGUCAGCGGAGCAGCGACAGAAGCUGCUGCUGCAGAGAAAGGAGGUGAGCACACAGGGAUUAUCUGUCCAGGAGCACCAGGUCCCACUCAGAAAACCCCGACUCCUUGGGCAGCGAACCUCUAUGACAAAGGACGUAACUGUUAAACAACCACCAUUGCUGAUUCAGAAAUCAGUCUUGGAAAUGUAUUAAUCCAGGAACUUAAUUCAUCACUGAAGAUAAAUUACUGCCUGGAUCAGACCAGUCACUCAGAUCAGCAGAUGACUGAUUGAUCACCGCAUAAGUCUAAGUGCCAGCAGUGCUGCAGAUCAAACGUAUUAAAGUUGAGGGUGGAUGCAUAUUGAGUUCCUCUGGUCAAAGGGAUGUUAGGGCGGAGCUGCUGCUGAAUCCACAGCUGAAGACAGAUUUAGCGCACAUUCAGACAGGAUCAGGAAUUCCGGCAACUCGUAGCAGGGUGUCCUUUCGGGGGGGUGGGGUGGUGGGAGCUAAGGUGGGCUGAAUGUAACGCUGUGAAACAAUCAGGAAAUAACUUUUUUAUUUCUCUGAUUAACAGCUUUAUCAAGGCCAGCGCUUGCUCACUAUAAUUGUUACUCUGUCUCUCGACCAAAGCGUGACUUGGGGCUCAGUUUUUCCCAAAGUUGGAUCUGGCUCAAAUUCUCUCCCGCACGUAUGACCCCCACUGAAAUUAAUUGAAAGACCUCCGUUUUUGCCGCGGCGCCUGAUCCUGUCUGAACCCCUGCUCAGACUUUUGGGUCUUUGGUCUGUCAGGCGUGGAACUAAAACGACUAAAUCUGUGACGAGUUGUUUUUCUGAGGGCUUCAAAACCUCAAUAUUAAAAACUGUCAGUUUGUUUGUUUAUCCUCAUCCUGCCUCUGUUCCUGUUUACAGAUUCUACAAAUUUUAUACAAAGAUUUAAAAAUAUAUAAAGAGUUUAUGUAAAAUAUUGGCUUGGGACUGGUUUAUGGGACUGGGACGGGGGAAUAAACGGAUUCUUGGUUUGGUGAAGCAACGUGACAAUGGAUUGUCGAUCAGAACAAUGCACAAACACAGAGGAUCCGAUUCAUUCUCAUUUAUUGUUAGCAGCUUGUUUUAUCAAACAUUGAGAAUGAGUGAAGAUGAGGCCAGCCAGCUCCUUUGUUUUCCAUCAUGGAUAAAAGGCCUCACACCGGUGAGCUGGCUGACCUCCAUUGAUGUGAAGUGAAAGGAGGCGGGGGUUUUCUACAGUUUAUGUAAAGAAAUGAUUGCACUGUUUGACUCCAAUAAACUCAUAUUUUGUGUUUGUUUUUUAAAA